GAACUCCAAUCAAGAAACUAAAAGAGUUGACCAAUAAUCUCAAUUUAAGAAAUAAAAUUUGCUUAAUUUUGCCAUAAACCAUGGCUUCAAUCUUCUUGUUAGGCUUUGUUCUAUCAAUAAUCUUCAUAAUUUUGACACUAAUAAUUUCCCAGAAAGAUCAAAGAAAACUUCCUCCAGGAAAAGUUGGAUGGCCAAUAAUCGGAGAAACCUUAGCUUUUGUUUCAUCCCCAGAAAAGUUCAUUCAUGAUAGAAUGACCAAAUACUCUUCAGAGAUAUUUAAAACUUCUAUUGCUGGUGGUAAAAUGGCUGUUUUAUGUGGUCCUUUAGGUAACAAAUUCCUGUUUUCUAAUGAAACUAACAAGUCCAUUACCACUUGGUGGCCGACUUCGAUCACUAAGCAUAUGAUUUUCCCUUACGAGGCCUCGUCGCCGUCUUCCAUAGUGGAAGAUCAUUCGUUCUUUAAGCUAGAGGGGAUGCAACACUAUGUUUCUAUCAUGGAUUCAAUGGCUAAAGAGCAUUUGGAGGCUAGGUGGGCACCUCACCAAGAGGUUAAGGUACAUCCUCUCUCGAAAGAAUUCACAUUUGCUUUAGCUUGUCGAGUGUUUAUGAACUAUGACAAUCCUGAACAAGUAAGAGAAUUAGCUGAGCCCUUCUUCGAUGUGGCGAAGGGGAUCUUGUCAGUUCCAUUGAAUAUUCCAGGUACCCCUUUCAAUGGCGCCGUUAAGGGUGGAGCAAUCAUCAAGGAAAAGCUUCAACAGAUCAUCAAAAACAGGAGGGAGGAGUUACAGAAGAAGAUGAAGAUGAAGAAAGGGGAUCGAGAUUUAUUGAGUAGAUUAUUGGCUUCGUAUUAUUGUGAUGAAAAUUACAACUUGUCGAAGGAAUAUGAUAUUGCGAAUAAGAUCAUUGGUUAUUUGAUGGCUAGUUUUUAUACUACUAGCACAACUAUCACUUUUGUUUUGGACAACCUUGCUCUUCAUCCCGAGGUUUAUGACAACGUUUACGAAGAGCAAUUGGAAAUUAGCAAGUCCAAAGGGGCAGGGGAGCUACUGACUUGGGCAGAUAUUCAGAAGAUGAAGUACACUUGGAAUGUUGUAUGUGAAUCAAUGAGAUUAACACCACCUUCACAAGGAGCUUUUAAAGAGGUCCUCACUGACAUCACCUACGCAGGGUUCACUAUACCAAAAGGCUGGAAGGUGUCUUGGUCAGUUCAUUCAACAUACAAGAAUCCCAAAUACUUCAAUGAUCCUGAAAAGUUCGACCCUUCAAGAUUCGAAGGAAAUGGUCCGCCCCCAUUUACUUUUGUGCCAUUCGGGGGAGGUCCUAAUAUGUGUGCGGGGAAAGAGUACGCUCGUAUUGAAAUACUCGCGUUUAUUCAUAAUGUGGUGACCCGGUUUAAAUUGAAGAAGGCGAAUCCCAACGAAAAGAUUGUUUAUACCCCUGAACCAAUUCCCGUAGAAGGCUUGAGGAUUUGCCUUCAACCUCAUGAGAAAUGAUGAAGGUUCUAUGUUUUUGGUCUUUAAUGUUCUAAUUCCAAAAUGUAAUCCAUUUUCCUACAAUAUAUCCGAUGUAAUGUUAUACUUGUAUUUGCCAUAUGCCCAAACAAAAAUGUUUGUGAAUUCAGUGCAAUGUGUUUCAUGCUUAGGAGUUGCUUUUUUUUUUUUGUGAAUACAGUGCAAUGUGUUUCAUGCUUAGGAGUUGCUUUUUUUUUUGUGUGUAGAGAAAGUCAUAAAGGGCAAAUUA